AUGGGGUUCCUGGCCGAAUUGAUCCUUCUCCUUGACCUUCUCCAUUUCUGGAUAAAGUUGAUUUUCCCGACAGCUUCCUACAUCCUGCAUGCCGCGAAUCUAACGCCUGGUCCAGCGUUCUGGUACCGGUACUUCAGCCUACAGGACAAGCAGUGCACGAACCAUCUUUCUAGAGGCAAACUGGCAAGCAAGGCUACGAUCUCGGGGAUGCAACUCCAUACGUAUGCCACAACUAGCCUAGGCCCUGUCACAGUCAGGGUUACUUUCUCAGCUGUCAAAGACGUGCGAAAGCAAACGAGGCAAGCGAUCGUUUUGCCCCUGAACACAACCAGCCAACCCCCAUGCAAUGAUAACAUUGCCGAGAUGUAA